CAAGCCCCAUUUACAGCUGUCUUGCGACGGGAUACAACCCCCAGCAGUAAGUACCCUUACCUCACCUUCCAUACCUUACCACGGGUGCCUCACACGCCCAGGUACCUCACUUAGGUACACCCGACUUCCCCUUUCCCAGUGGCUGUUUGCUCUCUUGGGACCUUACCACCUUACCUACCUAAAGUGCCUACCUUACCUCACUCCGGGCAAAGCGAAUCCCUGUGGCCUAGAACUGCCCGGGUGCCGACACCACCACCUCACCUCAAUCUUUGCUGCCUCACCCACCACCCUAUGCUGCCUUGACCUGCACUGUCCACCACCUCUCUCAAUCUGGUUCAGUUCCAGACCCUUACACCUUGCCUCGCCUCAACUCAACUGCUUUAUCUCUCGGGGCCGCGCACCACCUCCAUCGAGCCGCAGUAUCCUCGCUUUGCAACACCAACGAACCUACACCUCCCUAGACACCUGUCCAUCGCAUUUGCAACACAAUCCGACAUCAUGGCCAACGACGAAUAUGACUUCCUCUUCAAAGUGGUGUUGAUCGGAGACUCGGGCGUCGGAAAGUCCAACCUUCUCAGUCGAUUCACCCGCAAUGAGUUCAACCUGGACUCCAAGUCGACAAUUGGUGUCGAGUUCGCCACUAGAUCCAUCCAAGUCGACUCCAAGACGAUCAAGGCACAGAUUUGGGAUACCGCCGGCCAGGAACGCUACCGCGCCAUCACUUCGGCCUACUACAGAGGAGCUGUCGGUGCCCUCCUCGUCUACGACAUCAGCAAACACCAGACAUACGAGAACGUCACCCGGUGGUUGAAGGAACUGCGAGACCAUGCCGAUGCCAACAUCGUCAUCAUGCUCGUCGGAAACAAGAGCGAUUUGCGCCACCUGCGAGCAGUGCCUACAGAGGAGGCAAAGGCUUUCGCCAGCGAGAACCACCUUUCAUUCAUUGAAACGUCUGCCCUCGAUGCCAGCAACGUCGAGCUUGCAUUCCAGAACAUCUUGACCGAGAUCUACCGCAUCGUAUCCAGCAAGGCCCUCGACUCGGGCGACGGACCCCAAGCCUCGAUCGGAGCCGGCGCCGGCAUUUCGCUCAGCACACCUGCGGACAACAGUGCAGAGAAGAGCGGCAAGUGCUGUUAAGCGAAUCCCCUUCUGCGAAACUGUUUCACGGCCUUUUGGGAGGGCUGCUACAGUCGAUAUCAUGGCAUGUCACACACAUGCCCCGGAAUCUGUACGCCACUUGGUCAAGGGGGGGCUGCUGCAUCGAGGAAUGACUAGGAAUCCAAUGAGUCUUUUUUAUGAUUUCCGAGGGGACGGAGUAUAGUCUCGGCCUUUCUUUUGUUCUCCUUUAUACGGCUCAGUGCGGCUUGUCUGGGAUUUGACGUUUCUGACGAUCGCUCUGACAUGCUUACGUAGUUGAAUGAAUCCAUCUUAAUGCAUUGAGGGAGCGUCUUCUACGUGGGAUUUGGUGAUGUGCGAAGCAUUUUGUGGCUACUCCAUCUAGCGACCUGUCCUCGCCAUAUAACAUACACACCGUAGACAAGAUGCCCCUUAGCGAGGAGUAUCAUGGUGUGCGAUGGUACCUCGAAUGAAUGGGUCGCAUCUUUGGCCGGCAGGAAGUGUUCGUGAGUUCUGACGUACCCUUUCAGAUACACCAAUACAGUAGGCAAUUACUACCUUAGGUAUUUUCCCGUCAUGACAGGUGUUCCUCUGAGCUCAGAGUGGCUUCUGCCCCUGGCCCAGCUCAAUACCUUAGUGGUCAAACCAGCCAUGCAUUUACAUUGAAGUACCGCAUUCCCAAA